AUGAAGGAUAUUUGGAUUACACCUUUGGUGGGGGAGGUUCCUCAUUGGCUGGAUGAUCAGGAUAUCCAUGAUGGGAUAUGUACUAUGUUAAAGCAUGAUAGAUGCAUCAAGGAGCAGCAACAUCUUGGGCUAGAAUCUGACAACCUUUGCAGGUGGUUUGGUGAUGAACUCGCUGCAAUAGAACUUGCUCUGCAGUUGCCUGAAAAUUUUCUAUCUCACUAUGUACCUCCCAAGACACUGUGCUUCACUGGAAAUUCUGGCACUACCCUGGAGGAGGGCAAAGAGGAGGGUGAAGAGGAUCUAGAAGUGUUUGCUGUGUCCUUUGAUGAUCCUCCACCUGAGCACAUUGCCCUUGCUGACAUCAUAAACAUUGACACUCCUGACAGUGAAGAUGAAGAAGACAUCAAUAUUGCAACUCAGCCUUGCACUCUUAUCACCUGA